AUGCCCACUAACUCAGCCUCUGCUGCACGCUGCACCAUCAAACUCAUCACUCCACCACCACCAUCAUCAACAACAUCAUCAACAAAACCGACCAAAACAGCUUGCCAAGAGUACUCUCAACAAUCGAUCAAAGACCCCAUAACAGGCGCAUUUAAAGAGAUCGUUACGAUCGAAUCAAAGCAAUCAAGCCAAUUCCAAAUCAGCUUCCAAGUCCACCAUACCGCAUAUGACUUACUGGAGAGAACUAAACCAACCUGUUCUAGCUCCACUGAGACUGAUAGAGCGCUGAAAUCAAGCGACUACCUCGUCGAAGUCUUGUUGGAUGGGAUUAGCAUCGGAGGUUAUCAUCAACAUCGUUCCCAGACAGCCCGGCCACACAAUCUGAAUGCCUUCCGAUCCUCCGAAACAACCACCCGUCUGCUCGAAUUCGCGCCUCUUCAUCUCGUCGAUCCGGACGACUUUGUCCAAGCACUAGAUCAUGUAGCUGGCAAUCCAACCCCGGAGCAAAUAAUAUGUCAAGACGAGGAAAUCAUUCGAUCUUUGGGUACUAUUGAACUCAAGAUCACCCGCUGCGAGCUCUCCAUGAAGAGAAGGGCCCCCAGCAUCAAGCAGAUCCGCUCCAGACAAACUACUCGUCAAGUUUCUCACUCUCACUAUUCGAUCAAGACUCAAGACUCACAAUCUCACAUCAAGAUCAAUCAUCAAGACCUGACUCGAUUGACUCUCAAGAACAUCAAUACGAUCUCAUCAGGCGGCUUUAUCAUUCAGCAACAAGUUCACUUCAGUGCUGUUUGUUGUUUUCCUUGA